AUGAAGUUCUCUUCUAUUAUUGCUCUUGCUGCCCUCUUUGUUGCCGGCUCCGCAACCGUGUCGGCUAACCAUGUUGAGCGCGCUCACCAGCUCAAAGCCCGUGUGCACAAGGAAAACGGCAUUGAGAAGCGCGGUCAAGGAAAGAUGACAUGGUACGCUGGCGGUAUGCUUAACGCUCCCGCCUGUGGUGGUGAUGCCCCGUCGGAUGAUGACUUUAUCGUGGCCGUCGCUGAAAACGGUGGCUACGGCUCGUGCAACCAAAAAGUUCGUCUCCACUACCAAGGACAAACCGUCGAAGCAACGAUCCGUGACUUUUGUGAUGGUUGCGGGUUCGGUCACUUUGACGCCACGAAGGGCCUGUUUUCUAAGUUUGCAGGUCUUGAGGAAGGUGUUCUUACGGGUGUCGAUUACCAGCUUCUCUAA